GUUAAGAGGACCAUCAGGACCCAUGGGGUUCACAGGGCGACCUGGACCCUUGGGGAGUCCUGGAGAGCCAGGAUUGAAGGGAGAGCGAGGAGAUAUUGGGCCUCAGGGUCCACGUGGUUCCCGAGGCGCGCCGGGUGCACCAGGCCGAUCUGGACGGAGGGGUCGCUCGGGAGCUGAUGGGGCACGAGGAAUGCCAGGCGAGCCUGGAAUUAAGGGUGACCGAGGAUUUGAUGGACUGCCUGGCUUGCCUGGAGAGAAGGGGAACCGGGGGGAACCUGGUGCGCACGGACCGAUGGGAAAACAAGGGGAAGAUGGAGAGAGGGGAGAUGAUGGUGAAGCAGGACCAAGAGGGUUGCCAGGGGAGUCCGGACCAAGAGGACUCCUUGGACCCAAAGGACCCCCUGGACUGCAAGGACCACCUGGUGUGCGAGGAUCAGAUGGUCCCCACGGUCCAAAAGGAAGCCUGGGACCACAAGGAGAACCGGGACCUCCUGGACAACAAGGGAUCCCCGGAGCUCAGGGUAUACCCGGUCCUCAGGGAGCCAUGGGCCCUCCUGGCCACAAGGGCCCAACUGGAAAACCUGGACUUCCUGGAAUUCCUGGAGCUGAUGGUCCUCCUGGCCACCCGGGUAAAGAAGGUGCAGUGGGUCCAAAGGGUAACCAGGGUCAGUCUGGUCCACAAGGUCCUAUUGGCUAUCCUGGCCCACGUGGUGUGAAGGGAUCUGAAGGAAUCCGAGGGUUGAAGGGACACAAAGGUGAAAAGGGUGAAGAUGGGUUCUCAGGCUUCAAGGGAGACAUGGGCCUCAAAGGCGAACGAGGAGAGGUUGGGCCAACUGGUCCUCGAGGGGAGGAUGGACCCGAAGGUCCCAAAGGUCGUGUAGGACCUCCAGGUGACCCUGGUCCGUUGGGUGCACCAGGUGAGAAGGGUAAACUCGGAGUGCCCGGUCUCCCUGGUUACCCUGGACGCCAGGGACCUAAGGGCUCUCUCGGUUUCCCCGGAUUCCCAGGAGCUAACGGAGAGAAAGGUGCUAGGGGCUUGCAAGGCAAGUUGGGACAACGAGGACAGCGAGGACCUACGGGUCCACGUGGUCAACGAGGACCAAGAGGGGCAACUGGAAAACCAGGGGCAAAGGGAAGCUCGGGAACUGAUGGGCCUCCGGGUCCUCCUGGAGAACGGGGUCUUCCAGGGCCUCAAGGAUCAACUGGCUUUGCAGGACCAAAGGGACCACCUGGACCACCAGGAAAGGACGGGCUUCCAGGACACCCUGGACAGAGAGGGGAAGUGGGAUUCCAAGGCAAGACUGGCCCUCCAGGACCACCAGGUGUUGUUGGACCUCCGGGCGCUAGUGGUGAAACAGGACCGAUGGGUGAGAGGGGACAUCCAGGACCUCCUGGGCCACCUGGGGAGCAAGGUUUAUCUGGUCAGUCUGGAAAAGAAGGCACCAAGGGUGACCCUGGGCCACCUGGACCCCUGGGUAAGAAUGGUCCGCCAGGCUUGAGAGGCUUCCCUGGUGAGACUGGAUUGCCUGGAACUCCGGGUGGAUCAGGAUUGAAAGGUAGUCAGGGUCCCCCGGGACCACCUGGACCAGCGGGCUCCCCUGGAGUGAGAGGCAAAGCAGGACCUGGAGGUCCCAUCGGUCUCCCAGGACGUCCAGGACCUCAGGGACCACCUGGCCCCGCAGGGGAGAAAGGAGUGCCGGGUGGUAAAGGCCCGAUUGGUCCUGCUGGCCGAGAUGGUGUCCAAGGCCCUGUCGGACUUCCAGGGCCCGCGGGCACACCUGGAGGUCCUGGUGAGGAUGGUGACAAGGGUGAAGUGGGUGAACCUGGACACAAAGGGAGGAAGGGCAACAAAGGUGAACAUGGUCCACCCGGUCCUCCAGGUCCAAUCGGUCCCGUUGGUCAACCAGGUCCUGCAGGUGCUGACGGAGAGCCUGGACCGAGGGGCCAGCAGGGACAUUUUGGACAGAAGGGCGAUGAUGGUCCCAGAGGCUUCCCUGGAUCACCAGGUCCAAUUGGCCUGCAGGGAAUGCCUGGGCCUUCAGGAACCAAGGGUGAGACUGGUGAUGUUGGUCCCAUGGGUCCACCUGGCCCUCCUGGUCCUACCGGCCCUGCCGGUCCAAAUGGAGCUGAUGGUCCUCAAGGUCCCCCUGGAGGCAUUGGCAACCCAGGGUCCAUUGGAGAAAAGGGUGAAGCUGGAGAAUCCGGCGUUCCUGGAAUCCAAGGCCUUCCUGGGCGAAAGGGUCCAAAAGGUGAGAGAGGAGAAAGAGGAGAAACUGGCCAACCUGGUGAAGCUGGGCCUCCAGGUACUAAAGGGCCCACUGGCGAUGAUGGACCCAAGGGCAAUCCUGGUCCUGUUGGCUUCCCUGGUGACCCCGGCCCUGGUGGUGAGCCUGGACCACGUGGUCACGAUGGUGCAAAGGGUGAAAGGGGAGAGACUGGUGAGCAAGGUCAAGCUGGGUCUCCUGGUCCAACUGGUGAAGUAGGACCACCAGGUCCAACAGGAAAGAGAGGUCCAGCCGGAGCUCCUGGUCCAGAGGGAAGAGAGGGCGAGAAAGGAAGCAAGGGUGAAUCAGGAGCCAAGGGACCUCCUGGGAAAACUGGUCCGAUUGGACCGCAGGGCACGCCGGGGAAACGUGGUCCUGAGGGUCUCCGAGGAAUUCCUGGUUCUGUGGGUGAACAAGGAACUCCUGGAUCCCCUGGACAGACAGGUCCUCCUGGUCCAAUGGGCCCCCCUGGAUUACCUGGCUUGAAGGGAGAUGGUGGCCCUAAGGGAGAGAAGGGUCACCCUGGCCUGAUUGGAUUGAUUGGACCACCAGGAGAGCAGGGGGAGAAGGGUGAUCGAGGCCUGUCGGGUCCACCGGGAAGAGAAGGACUUAAAGGCGACACUGGUAUUUCCGGUGGAACGGGACCCGUCGGUCCUCCUGGUCCUCCUGGAUUACCGGGUCCGCCUGGUCCUAAAGGGUCGAAAGGUUCUCAGGGUACUGCAGGUCCUAAAGGGCAGCGAGGUGUUACUGGUCCUCCUGGUGUUCCUGGCCCACCUGGUGAAGUAAUUCAACCGCUACCUAUCCAGAGGCGCAAGAAGAGCAAACGCUCAGUGUCCGUCGAUGGCAGCAAGAUGGAGCCUGAUGAUCAGGUGAUGGGAGAUGAAAUCCUGGACUAUGCUGAUGGCAUGGAGGAAAUCUUUGGAUCAUUGAACUCGCUAAAGGUGGAGAUUGAACAGAUGAGACACCCCAUUGGCACAAAGGAAAAUCCAGCACGCACCUGCAGGGAUCUGCAGCUCUGUCAUGAAGACUACCAGGAUGGUGAAUACUGGAUUGAUCCAAAUCAGGGCUGUGCAGCGGAUUCCUUCAAGGUGUACUGUAACUUCACUGCGGGCGGAGAGACCUGUAUUUUCCCAGAUAAGAAAUCUGAAGGGGUGAAGAUGUCUUCCUGGAACAAUGAGUAUCCAGGAGCCUGGUUCAGUGAGUUCAAACGGGGAGCCCAGCUUUCCUAUGUGGACUCCGACAGUAACCCAGUUGGUGUUGUCCAGAUGACAUUCCUAAGAUUGCUGAGUGUGUCAGCUCGCCAGAACUUCACCUAUCACUGCCAUCGCUCGGUAGCCUGGCACCACCUGGCAACCGACAAUUACGACAAAGCCAUGCGUUUUCUGGGAUCCAAUGAUGAGGAGAUGUCAUUCGAUAACAACCCCUACAUCAAAGCCAUCGUGGAUGGCUGUGCGCUGAGGAAAGGGAACGGCAAGACAGUUCUAGAGAUCAAUACUCCACAGGUCGAGCAGAUGCCUUUCGUCGAUGUGCUGUUCACGGAUUUCGCCGAACCCAACCAGAAGUUUGGAUUUGAUGUGGGACCCGUCUGCUUCCAGGGAUAAAACGAUGAUUAGAAUAAAAAAAACACACACACAUCCCACCCCACCGCGACUAGUGUCACUAUCACCAGCACCACCGACCCUUCCUCGUCCAGCCCUAUGUCAAACAGUCCUGCGAACAAUACCACCUCGGGGAGAAGAGAGAAAAUUGCAGCCUGCGAUUUGCUCCCGAUCGUGUUCUCCUGGCUGAAGAUCCUCAGAGAACAGUUAUGUGUGUGUCAACAAGAAUAUAGAAACAUAUACGUUAAAUUGUCUCCCAUUUCCCUCCACUGUACUGGCCCUUUAAGACCAUUAUCCCUUUGGUGGUAGUGCACUGGUAUGAGGCGGGAUUAUUUUUUUCAAAGAAGACCGGCGAGAUGAGAAAUGUGUUUCUUCUGUUUUUUUUUAAUUAAACAAAGUGUUCUCCAUAGAUUGUAAUAUAAAAGAAAACCACAACAGAGAGAGAGAGAGACAAUAUUAUUUAAAUUCGCAAAUCUUCCGUAAAUUGAACCAACAGUAAAGAAAUGAUGAAUUUAAGUCUGUGAAGCUUUACUAGUAAAUAUGGUGCUCCAAAAUUGUAUUUACUCUCCUUUUUUUAAAAAAGAAAAGGUGCUCAGAGUGUUAUAUGUUUGUAAGUAUUUUUUAUUUCUAAUGUAAAAUAUAUCUAUAAAUUGCUGCUUGUUGUGUUAAUUUUCUGUAUAGAAACCCCUGAAGGUGUCUGACGUGUGGUUUUUAAAAAAAAAUUCCACUUUUCACCCUCUCUCUCACCCCGCGCUUAUACUCUUCCAAACAUGCUCACUAACCCAUGCUCUCCCCCUGUCCCAAUGCCACCUUUUCCCUUCCGCUCUCUCUCUCUCGCUCGCUUUUCCCCCCACCUUGCAUUUUAUACUCUUUGCCACAGCAGCCAACACCCCCACCUCCCCUCCACAGGAUCCCAGUUUGAGCAGGGCACAAAGCUUGCUGCGCUUUCACUCUGAUGCUUUUUUUUGUUGCUUUCAUUACAUUUCUUUUGGUCUGAGAGAUUAACUGUAGGCGUUAUGUGGUAGGUCAUCAGCUGUACUGUACUGUCUGAGUGGAGCGAAUUUUUCAAUAGAUCAUAAAUCACCAACACUA